GGCUCUGUUCCUUUGGACCUGGACCUGUAAAAAGCAUCUCUUAUUUGCAUGUCCAGUCGAAUGAAUAGACUCUUCCUUUUUCCUGUGGAAAAAUGGUGCCCCGUUUACUGCUUCCUGGACCAUGGUUGGCUUUCACAUAAUGACUGUUUAAUAGAUUUUAGGUGCAUUGAAAAACAUUUUUUACUAUCAGAAGAAAAGGAAAACAUGCACACACACGGUUAAUUUCAGGGAACUUUAAGUAUUUAUUUAAUCUACUCUAGUUAGCAAAGAGUUUCAUGAGACAAAAAGCGCAGUGUGAUCAUUUAUUAGUCAAAUGCCUCAGCAUCUUGGCUCAUGGGUGUGAGCAUUCUUGGCCUUCCCUAUGAGUCAGCCAAAACUUGCAUAAUGGACGAGUUGGCUCAUUUAUUGAGGUCUCCAAUCUGCUGUGCAAUAUUGCAUCAAGAACAAUUAAAAACAUGUUUUUGAUAAAGAAAGAGCUACUAUUUUUCCUCAUUCCCUUUCUUGUUAGCAUAGAGUUGAUUUUAGCACACAUUUAUAUAAAUGUUGGAUUGGAUUAAUUGAGUAAAUUGCAUAAAAAAGUGGGACAGUAAGGACUGGCAGCAGCUCUGAAGUUUUGUCCCUCCCUUCAUCCUCAUCAUUUUUCAGCUCAGUGUGUUUUAUGCUACGGCUGAAUAGCACCAUUAUAUGUUAAUUUUCUUUAGAGAAUACAGUUUAUUUUUCUGUUUAAGUCUUUUUAAGUGCCAUGAUGAUCCACACUCAGCAGCAGAACAGUAACCUCAGCGGCGGGCAGCAGAACCCACCCGGGUCGGACUCCUCUCUCAGCCGGGCGGCUCACACCUCGGUUGCCGUUGCCCUCGGGUUCAUCCUGGUCCUGGGCAUCCUCGGCAACUUCCUGUUGCUCCUGGUUUUCUCUCGCUACCCCGGGCUGCGGACUCCAGCCAACCUGCUCCUGGUCAACAUCAGCGUCAGCGACAUGCUGGUCUGCCUCUUCGGGACUCCGCUCAGCUUCGCGGCCAGCGUGCGCGGCAGGUGGCUGACCGGGUCCUACGGGUGCCGGUGGUACGGCUUCUCCAACGCGCUCUUCGGGGUCGUUUCUCUGGUGUCUCUCUCUCUGCUGUCUUUUGAGCGGUACACCAUGCUGCUCAGCGGCUCCCAGCUCAGCUCCUCACAUUAUCGCAGAGCCAGACUCUCCGUAGCGUUUUCCUGGCUCUACUCACUGGCCUGGACUUUACCGCCACUGCUGGGCUGGAGUAGUUACGGGCCGGAGGGUCCCGGCACCGUCUGCUCGGUCCAAUGGCGGCGCCGCUCCGUCACGGCUCGCUCCUACAUCGUCUGCUUGUUCGUCUUCUGCCUCCUCCUGCCUCUGCUGCUCAUGUUCUUCUGCUACGGCCGGAUCUUGCUGGCGAUCAAAGGCGUGACGAGACAGGCGGCCGGCUUCAACAAGUCGCAGGUCGAGGGUCGGAUCCUCCUGAUGGUGGUCGCCAUGGUGACAGGCUACCUGCUGUGCUGGACUCCAUACGGCGUUGUUGCGAUGCUUGCCUCGUUCGGACGGCCAGGAGCGGUGCCGCCUGCAGCCGCUUUGAUUCCCGCCCUGCUGGCGAAGACCAGCACCGUUCUCAAUCCGGUCAUAUGUGUGCUGCUCAACAACCAGUUCUCCAGAUGUUUCCUCGACAUGAUCAGCUGUAGUUCAGAGGAUUCUUCAGCCGACGUAUCGAGCAGCAGGAGCAUCUGGGCUCAGAAAAUGCCAACAGAAGAGCCAAACACGAACCUCGCUUUGCUCCCAUCCACUGUCCAUAAUAUUCAGAUACCUGUGCAGGUCUAAGUGGCUCACGGUGAAACGUAACAGCACAAAGAAGUAAUUUCUGUUGAGCUUUCUGCCACUCAUUUUUCUUUAUCUGGAAGUCAAAGGUGCUGUGUUGUUAAAGCACCACAAGAGGGCGCUAUGGACAGAAAAAAAUAGUAUGAUGCUGUGUACAAAGAUGUUUGUCUUGUAAUAAACCAUCAAAAAAUGCCUGAUGAACAUUCAACCAAAAUAAUUUAUUAAGAAAAUAAAAGUACAUUU